CUCAUCUCCGUAGGCCGCAUCGACGACGCUGGCUACGCGACCACCUUUGCCGGCGGCAAGUGCGUCAUCAUCGACACAGAGGGCAACACUGUCGGCACCAUCCCCAAGAAGGGCGGCCUCUACGUCGUGCGACGUGAGCGCGACGACUCGGAACCAACAGCGGCUGCAACCACCGUCGAGGAGAUCACCGAGAUGGAGGCCCACCGCCGCUUCGCACAUGUUCCCAUCCGUGCGAUCAAGGAGCUCAUUUCGCGUGGCUUCAUCACCGGCAUCAAGCUCGCACCCUCGAAGGAGCCCCAUACCUGCGAGGCGUGCAUUCGCGCGAAGAGCACACGCCAGCCUGUCCCUUCCGUACGCGAGGGCGAUCGUGCGGAGCAUCUAGGCGACGAGGUUCACUCAGACACCUGGGGUCCUGCUCGUAUUGCGACUCUGGGCGGCCGCAAGUACUACGUCAGUUUCACAGACGAC